UCACUAUAGUCCGUUGAAUCUCGAACUGCGUACCGUGUCUGGAAGCCCCUCCCGGUUUUAGUGGGGAGUAGAUUUCUCAGGGCUUUGUUUCAGGCAGACUGGACGUAUUAAGAGAGUGUACGAAGGCCUCGUGUUCUCUCGUCCCUAAAAUGGAAUAUUGUCUAAUAUUUCUUUAUUCGCAUUGAUGAACUCGGAAUACCGUCUGUUAUUUCCUGGAUCGUUUCACGGGAUUCAUUGGAUGUAAUUAUGUUCUCGCCGUCCAGAAGGAAAUCUAUUGUGGCCUGUAUUGUGCUCGUUGUUUUAGAGUGUUGUUGGGACGCGGUGUCAGGGCAGCUCUCUUAUUCUGUUUCAGAGGAGGUGAAUCCGGGAACAUCAGUGGGAAAUAUCGCUAAGGAUCUAAACCUUGAUGUUCAGGGACUGGAGUCGCGCAUGUUUCAGAUUGUCACGGGAUUCAAGAAAAAAUAUUUCGAGGUAAAUCUAAAAACUGGAUUUCUUUAUGUGAGCGAAAGCAUAGAUAGAGAGGAGCUUUGUGCCAAAGCACCUAAAUGUACUCUCAGUGUAGAAGCGGUUAUCAACAAUCCACUGAAGCUUUAUCAAAUAGAGAUUAAUAUUUUGGAUGUUAACGACAAUUCUCCGUCUUUUAGUGAGAAAUCACAAACCCUAGACAUUGCGGAGAACACACUGCCUGGUGUUAGAUUCCCUCUCCAUCACGCUACAGACGCAGAUGUUGGGAAAAAUUCAAUAAAUACUUACAAACUUAGCUCGAACGAGUAUUUUUCUUUAGCUGUGCACAAAGGAGGAGAUCAGAGUGUGUCUGCUGAGUUAGUGCUGCAGAAAUCUUUAGAUCGAGAGAAACAGCCUGUGAUCCAGCUCACAUUGACCGCUGUAGACGGAGGAACACCCUCUAAGACAGGCACAUCUCUUAUGAUAAUUAAAGUUUUAGAUAUUAAUGAUAAUGCUCCUGCUUUCAGUAAGCCCUUGUACAAAACAACCGUUUUUGAAAAUGUGGCUAUUGGAACGACAAUUGCUGUGCUAAAUGCCACAGACUUUGAUGAGGGUAGUAAUAGUGAUAUUGUUUAUUCUAUAAUUAAAAGAGAUCAAAAUAAAAUUCUACAGAUUUUUGAUAUUGACCCGAAUGCUGGUGUUAUCACAGUUAAAGGCAAUAUAGAUUUCGAGGAGAACAAUGCAUUUGAGAUCCGCGCACAGGCCAGUGAUAAAGGACAGCCUCCGAUGUCCACGCACUGCAAAGUCCUGGUGGAGGACGUAGUGGUUUUCCCUGCGCCAUUUCCGCCUGCUGAUGCAGAACUGAUCAGUAUUAAUGGAGGAGACACUUUUACCAGAACACAAACACUUACUAAUAAAGAAAAGGUAAGACCUUGA